UGUGCAGUUAUGGCCACCCAGGUGAUGGGGCAGUCUUCUGGAGGAGGAAGUCUAUUCAGCAACAGUGGCAGCAUGGGCAUGGCCUUACCCAACGACAUGUAUGACUUACAUGACCUCUCCAAAGCUGAACUGGCUGCACCUCAGCUCAUUAUGUUAGCAAAUGUGGCCUUGACUGGGGAAGUCAAUGGCAGCUGCUGUGAUUACCUGGUGGGUGAAGAAAGACAGAUGGCAGAGUUGAUGCCUGUUGGGGAUAACUUCUCAGAUAGUGAAGGGGAAGGACUUGAAGAAUCUGCUGAACUAAAAGGUGACCCCAGUGGGCUGGUAAACAUGGAACUGAGAAGUUUGGAGCUAAAUGCUGUGGAACCACAGCCUGUAUUUGAAACAUCAGCUGCACCAGAAAUGUACAACUCCAAUAAGGAUCUCCCUCCCGAAACGAUCGGGACAGAGGACAAGUGCAAGAAUUUGAAGGCCAAGCCAUUUCGCUGUAAGCCGUGCCAGUAUGAAGCCGAAUCCGAAGAGCAGUUUGUACAUCACAUCAGGGUUCACAGUGCAAAAAAGUUUUUUGUGGAAGAGAGUGCAGAGAAACAGGCCAAAGCCAGAGAAUCUGGCUCCUCCACGGCCGAGGAGGGGGACUUCUCUAAGGGUCCCAUUCGAUGUGACCGCUGUGGCUAUAAUACCAACCGGUAUGAUCACUACACGGCUCACCUAAAGCACCACACCAGGGCCGGGGAUAAUGAGCGAGUCUACAAGUGUAUCAUCUGCACGUACACAACAGUUAGCGAGUAUCACUGGAGGAAACACCUGAGAAACCAUUUCCCCAGAAAAGUCUACACAUGUAGCAAGUGCAACUAUUUUUCAGACAGGAAAAAUAAUUAUGUCCAACAUGUUCGAACUCAUACAGGAGAACGCCCUUAUAAAUGUGAACUUUGUCCUUACUCAAGUUCCCAGAAGACUCACCUAACUCGACACAUGCGCACUCAUUCAGGUGAGAAGCCAUUUAAAUGUGAUCAGUGCAGUUAUGUGGCUUCAAAUCAGCACGAAGUGACCCGGCAUGCAAGACAGGUUCACAAUGGGCCUAAACCUCUUAAUUGCCCUCACUGUGACUACAAAACAGCAGAUAGAAGCAACUUCAAAAAGCAUGUUGAACUGCAUGUUAACCCAAGGCAGUUCAACUGCCCUGUGUGUGACUAUGCAGCUUCCAAGAAGUGUAAUCUACAGUAUCAUUUUAAAUCUAAGCAUCCUACGAGCCUUAAUAAAACGAUGGAUGUCUCAAAAGUGAAACUAAAGAAAACCAAAAAGAGGGAGGCUGCUGACUUGCAUAGUAAUGUCACCAAUGAAAAAACAGAGACAGAACAAGCAAAAACAAAGGGGGAUAUGUCUGGAAAGAAAAACGAGAAAUCCCUAAAAGUAGAGAAAAAAGAUGUUUCAAAAGAGAGGAAAUCUCCUGGCAAUGUCUCAGUGGUCCAGGUAACUACCAGAACUCGGAAAUCAGCGACGGAGACUAAAGCAGCAGAGAUGAAACACAUAGCUGUACAUACAGGAAAUAAUUCAGAAAAAUUCAGUAAAGCCAAGAAAAACAAAAGAAAGAUGGAUUCUGAAGCCCAUUCCUCAGGUGAUCCCGUGAAUGAGGAACCAGUGACAAAAAAGAAAAAAAAGGUAGAAAGCAAAUCCAAAAAUAGUACCGAGGUGCCAAAGGGUGACAGCAGGAUGGAGGAGAUUAAGGGGGACACGAAAAAGCAAAACACUUCCAUUAAAAAAGGUGCAAAGAAGAAAACUCCAAAAAGUAAAUCAAGUAAGAAAGUCAGCAGACCGGCUCAGGAGACUCAGACAGAGCCUUCUUCUACAGAGCGGGUGCACGGGGAGGGCCCUCCAGUUCCUGUGCUCAGUCAGCUGGUGGGCACUCUGGCAGGCUCCACGCAGACAGGGCUUCCUUCUCCCAUGGAUGUUGCUCAGACAGGGCCUAGUCAGAUGGAGGUUUCCCAGACAGGGGGUCCUCUGGGCGAGCUGCCUCUUCCCAUGGAGCUUACCCAGGUAGAACUGCCUCUUCCCAUGGAUCCUCCCCAGGUGGAGCCUCCUCUCGUGGAUCCUCCUCAGGUGGAGCUGCCUCCUCCCAUGGAGCCUCCUCAGGUGGAGCUGCCUCCUCCCAUGGAGCCUCCGCAGGUGGAGCUGCCUCCUCCCAUGGAGCCUCCGCAGGUGGAGCUGCCGCCUCCCAUGGAGCCUCCGCAGGUGGAACAUUGUCAGAAAGAGCUGUCUUCUCCUUUGGACUAUGCUCAGAUGGAGGUUGCUCAGACAGAGCCUCCUCACAUGGGAUGUGUUCAGAAAGAGCCUCCUGAGGUUGUGGAGCCACCUCAAGUCAAACCGAUUACCAAAAGGUCAUCUCCCCGGAAAGAUGGGAGAAGUUCAAAGGAGAGGUUGAACAUGCGGAGUGAGAUGGUGCGGCAGGAGCAAGUUCUUAUUGAAGUUGGCCUAGUGCCUGUUAGAGAUAGCCAUCUUCUAAAGGAAAGCAAGAGUGCACAGGGUCUUCCAGCCCCGUCAUCACCACUGCCAAAGGGAAACUCAAGGAGAGAAGAGAUGCCCAUGGACCAAAAGAUUGUCUCUGAUGCAGUAGGAAAUAAAACAGGCCCUCUUAAGAAAGUAGAAACAGAGGAAGCCAGUGAGAGUCUAGCUGAGCUUGCUGCUCCCAAGGAAUCUGCUAGUGUCUUAUCUUUAGAACAGAACUCAAGUGUGCCAGAUGGUGAAACAUUACGUGCUAAGUGUGAGACUGGUUCAACUGGGGUUUGUGAAAUGGAAGUGGACCCUGAGCAGAAAACAGCAGACAGUGUCCCUGUGAAAGACUCAACAGGUGAACCAGUGUCACCACCGCCUCUUAUCCCUUCAGUUGAACGUGAAGCAGCUUCACCAGCUGUCACUUUGGCUCAAAACGAGUCUCAGGAAAUUGAUGAAGAUGAAGGCAUCCAUAGCCAUGAUGGAAGUGACCUGAGUGAUAAUAUGUCUGAGGGUAGUGAUGAUUCUGGUCUGCAUGGGGCCCGGCCGGUGUCACAAGAAGGUAGUUCAAAAAAUGGAAAGGAAGGCUUGGCAGUUAAAGUAACCGAGGGAGAUUUUACUUGUAUUUUCUGUGAUCGAUCUUUUAGAAAGGAGACAGAUUACAGCAAACACCUCCAUCGACAUUUGGUUAAUGUGUACUUCCUUGAAAAAGCAGCAGAGGGGCAGGAGUAGUACCAAGGCGGAAGUGAGUUCAUAGUUUCCAAACAUGUCUCUACUUUUAGUUUGUUAGAAAUGCAAGCUUGCUUUAGUGUCAAGUGCUGAUUUUUAAGUGACAUUCUUUUUCUUAGGACUAUAUGGCUUAUCUAGUGACUCUUGCAUAAAUCUUAGCGAAUCCUAGGGAGUUAAUGUUAAGAAAACAGGUAUUUAAAUGUUAGUUUGCAGUCAGGUGAAAAGAAAAAGGCAAGAUAGUAGAACACGCUCUCUACCUACAACCUUACCAGUUUUUUUCUGUCCUUUUUACUUUAGUUUCUACUUUUAGUUUCUAGUUUAGACUGAUAAAAAUUGGCGUAGCAAAUUACUUGAAGAAUUUGCCUGCUUUAUAUAAGUAAAGUUAGCACUUUAAAGUUUCUUUAGAGUUGAGAAAAGACAUUUAAAUUGAAGAAAAAUUCUUUUCAACAGUGGACAUUCUAUCUGUCCAGGUCAUUGCUUGACUUAUGGUCAAUACUUUGUGUUUGUAUGUUAAUCAUUAUAAAAAGUGAUUUUUGGUGUUUUUUAUUUUGGUGCUUUACUGGCUUAAGAUGUUGCACAUGGUUCUUGUUUUUGUUUUUUAACCUAUGCAGUUAAUUUUCCCUCCUAGAUAUAGCGUUGUGUUUAAUAGUAACACUUUAUACAUAUGCAUGUUUUUUUUUUUCUUUUGGGAGGGUGCUUUUUUUAGGCUUGUUUGCAAAAGCGCCAUUUUCCUUUUCUUUGCUGCAAUUGUCUUUCUUUGCAGAACAAUAGUGUGCAAAUUUAUGAGCAAUGGAACAUGCAGGUUCAAUCCAUUGUUUAUUUUUUUACUUUAAUUUUCACCUUUAUCUAUGCCAGAAUCAGUUUCAUAUAAGUUAUUUUGAAUGGUGAGCAUAUGUGUAAUUCCACAGCUCUCCAGUCUGAUUUGUAGAGUAAGCCAUUAGGUCCCAUAUUGAACAAAAUUUAAUCUCAAAUAUCAGCCAUUAGAAUUUUUUUAUUUUGCUGUUUCUAGCUUAUUUCUUACAGAGUAAUAAAUCAUUCUUUGAAGAGUUUAUUUUUUCAAUAGAUGUUGGCAUUGGGAUGGCUACUCAACCGAAUAAAGAAUUCCAAGUGAUUCUUGGAAACAGCAAACCUGAAGCCAAGCAUAAUUAUCCUUCCUAGAAUAUCACUUGUGAGAAAGCCAUCAUGGCCUUGUGGCUAAUCUAGAAUGGAGUGCUGAGUUCUGGUAAAUAGCUGCAUCUUCCUUCCAGUGAGUACCUGAAUAGGGCUGAUGUUAAUUAAGUACAGUCCAGAUUUGAAGAAUCAUACUUUCUCAGGGAUCUCCACAAACUAGUGGGUGUCCUCGAUGCCCUGUGAGACAACCUAUGUAGAGGAGAGGCUGCAAUUAAAUCGUAGCUAUCCUGGUGUCCCUUUGGGGACACUGGUAUGGGAAACUGCAUGCUCCAGAACUCGUUCUGUGUUCUUUGGCCCAUGCCAGAGUGUGACAUAGUACAACAUGGGAUUUUUCUUACUGGUAGUAGUAAACAAAGUAUGGUCCCAAUCGGGAAUUGUAACAUUUUGAUGGUCAUGUUCUGUUUUGAAAUAACCUGUAUUUCAUUUAUUUUCUUUUACCUGGCGAUCUCUGAACAGGCUUCAGAUUUUGACAGUUCAUGAAAGAUGCAACAAGCAUUAAUGUAUGGGUGAAAAGCAUGGUGAAAUUCUGAGUGAAGUUUUAGUUAAAGUUGGUUGAACUUGGGCUUGACUGGGAGGCCAAAGAUAUAAAAAGCAGAAGAUUCUCUCAAGACACAAGUUGUGUGAUAAUAGUGUGUUUUGUAUGUGUGAAUGAGAAUUUAUAAAUGUUGAAUUCUAGGCUCCGACAAUCAUUGCCAGUGCAGAUCAAGCUGCAAGUAUUUAUGUUUUAAAACUUAAAUUAUAAAGCUAGUUAGGUCUUUCUAACAACUAGUUUUAAUGUUCAUGAGCACAUUUUACCUACAUUACCUUUUCAAGAUGUUGUAAAAGAUACAUCCCAAGCACAGGUUGGAGGCUUUCAUAUAGCAGAGGAAAACAAUACCUUCUGGGAAUUGAACUAAAAUUUAAUCUACCUUUCUAAGAUUGGAAGUCAAAAACAAAACCAUAAAGAAAAUUAACCUCAUUUAAUUGAUCUUUGAAAUUGAGCGGGACUAUUGAGGCCUUUCUUCGAGAAAACAAGGACUUGGUUGUCAGGCCUAUAUUAGGCCUGGACCUUGGUGCCAUGUAUUUGUACUUACAUUGUCUCAACGGAAAGUGUCUUAGUGAUUGGAACUUCUAGUACAGUUUGGAGUUCUUCCAAUUGAAACUGUGAUAUUUGCGUGGGAUUUUUGAAUCUUGUUUUCUAGUCUCUCCUUCCCCACCACCACCCUCAGAGUCGGAGGGAGAUUUUUCUCUUGAUAAAGGAACAAAAAAAGUGAACAUCUUAUUUGUAAAUUGAUAACUAGUAACUAGUGGUAAACUUGAAAUGUAGAAUUCUUUAAAGCCUAAUCCUGGGUAGCCUUAGGAAGAUGUAUCUUAAUUAUUUUUGAGCCUGUAUUCACCUUGUUUUUUCAAGAUAUCUUAAGUUAUAUUUUCUUUUUCAGAGCUGCUUCUUAUUUGGGGCUACUUUUUUUUUUUUUUAAUUGAGGCGUAAUUCAUAAAAGGGUACAUUGUUUAUUGUUUUCAUGAGACUUUCUACAGUUGUGGCUGGAUGUCUUUCAGUAGUCUUCCAAGGAGGGCCAUUUUACUUUAAAGUCACGAGGUCAUCGACUGGGACUACUUUGCAUAUAAGUGCUUAUGCAAAUUAAAACCCAAGUUGACUUCAAGCAGUUCACUCUAUGAAUAUUGACAAUGGAAAGAACACUUUGCCUUUUUGUAUAUUGUUACUUGUGGACUGAAAUGCUGAAGAAACUCCAUUUUUUUUUUUUGCAAAAAUCAAGGUAUAUUCUAGGGUUUCCUGGUUGACCUCAACAGAUGAAGUGAGUUAAUAGUCUUAGUUCAGAAAUGAUCUGAAUGUGUAGAUUUACAGUCUACGUGUACGGCUGGCUAAAUGAGAUAGCUUUUACAGUUCUACAUGUAUCCCAUAGGCUCCCCAUUAGUUACUGAACUCUUAAAAACUGGUAUUGUAACAUUACAACAAUGUUUUGCGCCAAUUUUAUAAACCUUUACAGUGCAAUAUGUGUUACUUUUCUGAGGCAAACCAAAGGUAUAUUUCUCAAGGUUCUGCUGCCUUCAGCAGCACUUGAUGGAGGAUCUUUUAUACAUUUGUAAUAGAUAGAAAUAAACCAGAUUGCAGUUUUUGUUUUUCUGUUUUUUUUUUUUUUUUUUUUUUUUUUUUUUUUUAUUGUAAACCAUGUACCAAGUUUUUGGUCAAGAUUGUGUAGGAUAAGUUAAACAUAAUUGCAUUCUAUUAACCAAUAUGAGUGUAUUUCUUAUGCAUAUAGUUACAUUGAAAUAAAGUUCUAAAAAAGCA